ACCAAAUGUUUUGUUAAUUUGUUUAUAAAAAUAGUAUUGAAAUAAAUAUCAAUUGAUUUAAUAAUAAUUGGUUUCAAUUAACUAUAAGAUGUACGACAAAGAAGUGGAGCCCUUCUCUAAUCCAUUGGCGCCGCCGUCACAGCAAGUGAUGGACAGAAAAGAGGCCUUUAAAGAGCCGACGCCAAUGAGUGACAGUCAUCCGCUGACCAACGCUGACUUCCGUAAACUAAUGAUGACACCGAGGGCUACAAUGACCUCAGGAAGUGGUAGUAUUGGAAGUGCUUCGGUUAGAGAGUCAGUGCGCGGACAAAGACCAUCGCUUAAAGCGGAAGCCAAUGAAAACAGAAAGAAGAAAAAGAAGUUUUACGCGACUCUUAAGCGACAAGAAGAAGACACACUUUCCGAUUUGGCCAAAAGAUAUCGGGACAGAGCACGGGAGCGCAGGGAUGACUCUAAUCCAGAUUAUAAUCAGGACAACGAGUCUAUGGCCACAACUGCUGCCUAUAGAGCCGUAGCGCCUGACCUUAAGUCGGGACUGGACGCAGCCGAGAGACGCAAACAAGUGAUACAGGAGUCGAAGUUCUUGGGAGGAGAUAUGGAACACACACAUCUGGUCAAGGGAUUAGAUUAUGCACUUCUUCAUAAAGUUAAGGCUGAAAUCAAUAAUAAAGAAAAGGAUGAAAAAGACACACAAAAAGAAAGACAACUCAUCGAUGAAGAAGAAGAGGAAGAAGAAGAAGAAAAACCAAAGAGCGAUAAAAAUAAUAAAAAGACGAAUUCUUUGGUGACCGACAAACCAUUACAAGCGGACGAUCCAAAUGCGGUUAAGUCGAGUCUCGCCAAGAAUAUAGUGAAUGUAUUAAUUAACAGACAAUUACCAGAAAGAAAUGAACUGUUUCUCGCAGGAAGAAUGGCUUAUGUCGUAGAUCUCGAGGAAGAAUUUGCCGAAAGUGAUAUCCCGACGACUUUAAUCCGUAGUAAAGCCGAUUGUCCUAACAUUGAAUCGAUGACCACAUUAAGCACUAAUGACAUUGUGUUAAACAAAUUAACACAAAUAUUAUCAUAUUUAAGACAAGGAGGUGUUAACAAAAAGACUAAAAAAAUUAAAGAGAAAAAUUCACUUAUUAGUGAUGAUAAUGAUAAAAGUGAUAACAAAACAAAACAAAUUAAAGAUUCAAAAGGUGACAGUAUUUAUGAGGACAUUGAAGACUAUGUACCGGAUCUCAAAAGACGGGAGUCUAAAAAUGAUCGCGAAAGGGAUAGGGAUUAUAGAGAUCAUAAGGUUCGUGACUAUAGGAACAGGGAAAGGGAACGGGAAAGGGAUCGAUCUAAUCGUGAUAAACGUUCGCGAAAUUACUUUGAUAAAAGUGGUCGCCAAGAGAAUGACUCACGAAAACCUGAAACAAGAGAUGCCAGAAAUAUUGUAUUGUCUGGUAUUACGGGCACCGGUAGUAAUAAUAUAUCAAAUAUUCAAAUAAGAAAUAAAUCAUCGAAUAGAUUGGAUAAUGAUGUGCCCGAUAGUUAUGCCGAGUGCUAUCCGGGUGCUCCAGAGAAUGACGACGCCAUACUUGAUAGUGACGAUGAAGUCGACUACUCUAAGAUGGAUUUAGGUAACAAAAAGGGUGUCGUUGGCCGUUGGGAUUUCGAUACGGCCGAAGAGUAUGGCGAUUAUAUGAGCAAUAAGGAGGCGCUACCGAAGGCUGCCUUUCAAUACGGCCUGAAAAUGGCCGACGGAAGGAAAACCCGACGCGUGACCGGCAAGAAGGAGGAACGGGUCAAACUGGAUCGUGACCUCCAAAAGAUUAACGCUAUUCUCGCCCGACGUAAGGCUACAACAGGAGAAUCGUUUGGCGCGACACCAGUGGAGCCAAAGAAACAGAAAACACAUUGAAAUUAUGUAAUGGAUUAUCGAUUGGUUUUUAUACUCAAAGAAGCGCUCAUUUAUUAAACCAAUGGUUUCAAUGAAUACUUAUGUGACACUCAAUGGCACUUCAUUUUAGGACCGAUGAAUCACAUCUAUGUAUA